UUAAAUAAAAGAGACGACAGACGGUUAGACUUUUAUGUUUUGACGCCAUUAUGUCGAUUUUUGUUGUUAGCGAGGAUUGUUUUUGGGGUUUUUAGCGAGAGCUCUCUUUUAAUUGCGUUUUACAUGUGCUUUCCUUAAAUAGAUUUUCCCACGACAUAAAAUCGAUAAUUUUAAUUAACUCGCUUGGCUUUUAAUUUUUUUUUGAAAUUAUUUUUAGGCGAGAAUUAUUUUUCAUUGUUAAAUCUCUGACUUUCUUUUAAAAAUUAUUUUCUCUUAAAAUUUGUUUUCAGUUGUCUGCAAGUCUUUAUAUAUUUCUUAUUUGAAAGCCUUAUUUGUCUUCUAAAAAUGGCUCGUACCAAACAAACGGCACGUAAAUCAACUGGAGGAAAAGCUCCACGUAAACAACUUGCUACUAAAGCUGCUCGCAAAUCUGCGCCUUCAACUGGAGGUGUUAAGAAACCUCAUCGUUAUCGUCCAGGAACUGUUGCCCUUCGUGAAAUUCGUCGAUACCAGAAAAGCACAGAACUUCUAAUUCGCAAGCUGCCAUUCCAACGCCUUGUUCGAGAGAUUGCGCAGGACUUCAAGACCGAUCUUCGUUUUCAGAGUGCUGCUAUAGGAGCUCUUCAGGAAGCAUCUGAGGCUUAUUUGGUCGGACUUUUCGAAGACACCAACUUGUGUGCUAUUCACGCUAAGCGUGUCACUAUUAUGCCAAAAGAUAUUCAAUUGGCUCGUCGGAUCCGUGGAGAACGUGCUUGA